AUGGUUUAUUUUCCUGUUUUCACGCCAAAAAUGUUGAAUAUUUAUGAACCUCAUUCGGAGUCUCGUGUUAAAAAUGCCCGCGGAACUUACUGUGAGGACUUUAACACAGCAAUAUCUGCUUUUGAUGAAACACACACUUUAACCUUGGGAUGGAUGAACAGACAGUCGGACUCGGAUAAUUAUAACGUGGGACUACGAAACGAAAUCAAAAGACUUCCAGUACGGAAGGAGCGUCGAGAUAACUUUCGAAACGAAGAAAAACGAUCUCGACCAAGUUUCUAUUAUCGUCGUUCGGAAUACUACGAAAAACCUGGAGAAGGACACAAUUUACGUCCGCAUCCGAAGGCUCAUCGAGAUUCUGGUGGCCAGAACUAUUCUAAUAGCCAUCCCUUGGCGACUAUCCUAAGUGUUUCCAUGCCACAAGCCUUGGAGGUCUGUCAAAAUGAAAGUGCGGUAAACCGACUGGAGCGAGAAGUCCCAAUCCACAAGAUGGCAAACGAAAAAGUUGUUUAUAGACGCAUGUCUACCGACCUACCAAGGGUACGGGAAGAUGUACGGAUGAACAAUAGUGGAUAUUCGGUGUUCAAGGUUACGGUGGUGAACUCUGAAAUACCAAACCACAUUGCCACUGGAAUCCCUAAUUCUCGUAAACUACCAGUGAUCCCUACCUCUCCCAGGGUUCGACGUACGAGACAUCUGUUUGCUAAACUCAAGGAAGGAUUAACUGAAUGGAUUGAACUACAGACCAAUUUGCUGCAGCAGGCCGAACUUGAUCAAGACGGGAAUACGGAGCAGUCGGUUGCUGUUUUACUUUCUCGGUUGAAACAGCGUCUGAA